AUGUCUGAUUCAAGUCUUCGUUUCACUUGCUCUGGCGUGCUCUUGUGUGAUAACGCACAUCUCAAGGAUAGUCGUGGAUUUAUGCGCUUUGUAUGUCCGUAUGCUGUCGGCAAUGUGAUCAAGUUUCACGUAAAGACGCCAGGUGGAUUGGAGGCAACAGCAGUUGCUGAGAUCAUCAAAGUCUUCGAGCCGUUCACUCUUUCCUCUGUGGUGCUUGUUCGGAUGGCCUGCUCCUCUUUAGGACUGGAAGGCGACAUGAUUUUGAAGCUCUUUGAUCGGCGAUUUGCAACGCAGCUUCGGCAAGACGAAAAGAUUCGGCCCUGGACCCCAGACAUAGAGACUGAGUACUAUCAAUUUAUCCUUGAUGGCGGUGCAGCAGAGUUUGUUACUCAGCUCAAGGAAGAGGAAGACAGUGACGAUGAAGACAGUGACGAUGAAGCCAGUGACGAUGAAGCCAGUGACGAUGAACACAGUGACUAUGAACACAGUAUCAGCAACCUGAAGGAGAUUCAAGGCACCGACAUACCAAAAUUCCUUGCAUCCACCCUUAUGCCUAUUCCCUUCCCAGGUCAAACGAACGGCGGUUAUACCGAUGUUCCUGGGAUCCUUUUGCAAUAUAUUGAAGGCUUCCCGUUGACCGAUGUUGAGCAAUAUGCGCCAAGAGAAAGCUGGCAGGCCAUCUGUCAAGACGCCAUUCGAAUUAUUCAUCGUAUCGGUGAUCUGGGAAUACUUAAUGAGGAUGUCAAGACAAGGAACUUCAUUGUGCGUGAGGACGCGGGGAAUGCUUUCAAGGUGACCAUGAUCGAUUUUGCGCUAUGCAAAUUCCGUCAGGACUAUCAAGAUGACUAUGACUGGGAUAAAUGGAAAUCGAUACAGGACGAGGAGGGGGCAGUGGGAUAUGUCAUGCAAAGGCGUUUAAAAGAUGGAUUUUCUUACUGUCGUUCUGCUCGAUACGAGAAGCUAGAUGAGGAAUUCAGAAAGGGCGAAUGA